AUUCAUAGCGAACCAACGCGGUUUUCCAACGAUGGAAAAGGAGCCGCUUCUCCAUCAUCAAUCAUCGUAUUCAAAAAUCCCAAGAACGCCAUCGCAACUAUGUCCUUUACCCGAAGAAAAUGAGAUAACUAUCCCUCCACAACUCACUCCGGCCGAGUUUAAAGAUAUGCUUAUAUUUGGUUCACCUAGAGAAUCACCAUCGACGUCUUCAAUCAUUGUUGACGCGUUAAAUCUAAGAGUAAAUAACAUUGAUGGUGAACCAAACACAGGUUCUAAACCAAUUCAUGUUGUUAAUCCUGAUUUACAAAUUCAAGUGCCAUUAUAUCCUAACUACAAGUUUAGGAAAAAUUUUCUACAACGUUCUAAAACCGCGCCAGCUAUUAUGAAUGUGAAUAAAUGUGACCGGGUUAUGAGGGCUAAUCCUCCUCAAGGAGCAACGUCGAUUGUUAGUCAAUCGAUUGUGUUGUUGAUAAUGUAUUUGUCACUUGGUGUGGUUAUAUUUUGGUAUAACAAGGAAAGUUUUGUUGGGACCGAGACUCAUGUGGUUGUUGAUGCUCUUUAUUUUUGUAUUGUGACAAUGUGUACUAUCGGUUAUGGUGAUAUAAUACCUAAUAGUGCGAUUACUAAGAUGUUUUCAAUCAUGUUUGUGUUAAUUGGUUUCGGGUUUAUUGAUAUCUUACUUAGUGGAAUGGUUACUUAUGUUCUUGAUUUACAAGAGAAUUAUUUGUUGAGUUCUUUAAGUAAUGGGAAAAAAAGAGGUCAUCCUUCGUAUAUUGUUGAUUUUAAGAAAGGGAGAAUGAGGAUUCGGAUGAAAGUUGGGUUAGCUUUAGGGGUUGUGGUUCUUUGUAUCGGUUUAGGUGCUGGUGUUAUGCAUUUUGUGGAGGAUCUUGCUUGGCUUGAUUGCUUUUACUUGUCGGUUAUGUCUGUUACUACUGUCGGAUAUGGUGAUAAGGCUUUUUCAUCAACCUUGGGUCGGAUUUUUGCUUCUGUUUGGUUGCUUGUGUCUACACUUGCUGUUGCUCGUGCGUUUUUGUACUUAGCUGAGGCUAGAGUUGAUAAAAGACACAGACGCCUGGUUAAAUGGGUCCUUGGGCAAGAUCUCUCUGUUGAUGACUUUAUUGCUGCGGAUAUUGAUAACAAUGGUUCAGUCAGUAAGGCGGAGUAUGUUAUAUACAAGCUGAAGGAGAUGGGAAAAAUCACAGAGAAAGACAUCAUUCAGAUAUGCACAAUAUUUGAACAAAUCGACACAGCAAACUUGGGAAAGAUAUCGCUUGAUAAUCUCAUGUCUAGCCGGCAUAUGUACCCUUAAUGUGAAAAAAAUUAGUUAUUAGAUGCUUUAUGCAACACGGUAGAGGCUUUUCUGAGAGCCUUACAUGACAGGAAAAAGCUCCCCAGUUUCUUGAUUUUAUGACUUAUUGAGUAGAGGUGGCAAGAUAGGGGAUCAAAUGGGUAGCUAUUGGGUCAAACUGAUCUCGGCUGAAACGGGUCAGGUUGACCCGUUUAUACUUUUUCAUGGAUG